AUGUCAAAGGAAGCACCUGUUAAACUAAUUUCAGCGAAAAAGGAAUAUGUAAGAAACAUGACGCCAGGGAAACUUACAAAUUUAAACCAAAUCCAGCCAAGCCAUAAUAAUAGCAAUGAAUGCUUGCCACAUCCAAGCAUUUUGGUUGGGACUAAAAGGAUUUACCCUUUAAACUUCAAAGUCCCUCAGGAUAGAAAGUUAGAAUAUUUCCAUCGCCGUUACAAAUCGUAUGAAGAAGCUCCAGAGUUUAUGCAUGAAUAUAUGAUGAAUCCACUUAAGCCUCAGUUUGAAGCUAAAAGUGCUUUAAACGUCAAUUACUCUUCGAGGCAAUCUAUUUGUAAUAAACUUCAUCAUCAUGAAAGAUCUCAAUCAACUGAACCGAGGAUGAGCUAUGAUAAUAAAAUGGUAUAGCCCAAUCCAAAGUAGAGAUUGGGUGAUAUUUUUGGAAUUAGUUUUAUUUAUGAACUAUUACACCCUCAAAUAAUUUUUUAUUAUUGGGGUUAGUAAAUAUUUAUCCAGCUAUGCCUGAGAAGCCUACCGCAUAGGGAAAGAGGCUGUGACUCUAGAUUUCUAGCAGAGGGAAUGCUAUGCUGCUUAUCACUUCCGAGAAGGAGACUCUUAGGCAGAACAAGAGAAGGCGCUUAGGUUUGAGAUAGGCAACGUACUCCGUGAGGUUUAAUCCUAGGUUUUGGUGUCAUUAUUUAGGAGUAUUUCAAAAUUUGAUAAAAUGGGGGUCACGUGAGAAUGCCUGUGAUAUCUUUAGUUUGGAUUUAAAAGGCAGUAUGGCAAUUUUUUACAGUUUGUGAAACUAAACGGUGGGUUAAACACUAAUUAACUAAGUAAGAGCCCAGGAUGAACCACCCUAUAAGUCUGAAAGUGAAAGAUUUUCAAUAUUCAAACAAAAAUUCUGACAAUUCUUGUUAUCCAAGUAAGAGUUUUUAUAAACCUCAUGUAAUUUAUAUUACACCGAGGUCAAAGAUUACUUUGUACUCUUCUUUUCCAAUUAACUUGAAGCCUGAUCAAGCUAAGCCUCAGAAUCUCUCACAAAUGAGGACUAGAAACAGCAGCAAGUAUUCUUUUCAAGAUCGACCUGGAUCAAUUAUGAUGACUCAACAAAAAGCGGCUCAGCCUGAAAUCUUUCCAAUAACUAAGCCUGCCUUAACAUUUGGAGAAAAGAUUCUAAGAUUUAUAAGUGAAAAUUAUUAUAGCAAAAUCUCUUGCUAAUUCUGUUUAAUUUUAAACAGCUUGCAUUUAAAAAACAUAAAUUUUACAAAUUAAAUAAAUAUCUGCUUUUCAAUUUUUGCGAGUUGGGAUUUUUUUAAAUUUCGAAAAAAUUUUACUAUAAAAUUUUUGAAAAAAAAAUUGAACAAAAUUUUUUUGUUCGCUCACGGAGGAGGGGAGUAAGAUUAAAAAGAGCUUGUGAUCGACCCAGUUGUAAAAGAGCAAUCAUUAAUCUAA